AUGGUCACCACAACUAUCGAUCACAACCCCCUGGACCCGAACUUCGCCAAGCGUCGCAGCUCCCUCGGACACAUCGACGAGCCGCAAAAAGUCCACCACGAUGUCAAGGAACUAACAGAUCGAAAUGUCGCCCCAUCACCCCAUGCCAUGUGCGCCGAGCUUGCACACCAGCACGCCCUCGACGAUCUUCACAAGAAUACUGAGCAUUGGGCGAAUCAGGAGGUGGAUCAGGGUAUGUUCCUCAACUCGAACAUUCAAAAAACUGGGACCAUGAACUCGGGCUAA